GCUCCUCAUCGACUAAUCAUUAGUGAACAAUCCCCCUCUCACCAUGGCGGCAAACGGUCUCUACAACAUCUACCGUCUGGCUCUUCCCGUCGCCACGGGUGCCCUGAUCUUCAACAACUCUAUUUACGACGUUCGUGGUGGUUCCCGCGCUGUCAUCUUCGACCGGUUGUCUGGUGUGCAGGAGAAGGUCGUCAACGAAGGCACCCAUUUCCUUAUCCCCUGGCUGCAGAAGGCGAUCGUCUACGAUGUUCGGACUAAGCCCCGUAACAUCUCCACCACCACCGGAAGUAAGGACUUGCAGAUGGUCAGCUUGACACUGCGUGUUCUCCACCGUCCAGAGGUCCCGAAGCUGCCGGCCAUCUACCAGUCUUACGGUACCGACUACGAUGAGCGUGUUCUCCCCUCCAUCGGUAACGAAGUCCUCAAAGCCAUCGUCGCCCAGUUCGACGCCGCCGAGCUCAUUACCCAGCGUGAAGCUGUCUCGAACCGUAUCCGCACAGACCUCAUGAAGCGUGCAGCACAGUUCAAUAUUGCCCUGGAGGACGUCUCGAUUACACACAUGACCUUCGGAAAGGAAUUUACCCGCGCCGUAGAGCAGAAGCAGAUCGCCCAACAGGACGCCGAACGGGCCCGUUUCAUCGUCGAAAGAGCCGAGCAGGAACGUCAGGCCAACGUUAUCCGUGCGGAGGGUGAAGCCGAGAGUGCUGAUAUUAUCAGCAAAGCCGUCGCCAAAGCCGGUAGCGGUCUUAUCGAGAUCCGUCGUAUUGACGCCAGCAAGGAAAUUGCACACACCCUAUCGACCAACCCGAAUGUCACAUAUCUCCCUGGAAAUGAUGGCAAGGAAGGUGGUAAGAACACCAGCCUCCUUCUGGGGCUGAGGAGCUAAACGCGGUGUCCGGGUGUCGUUAAUUUUCCGAUAUAUUUUUCCUUCCACUCUCGCCUGAAUUGAUGUUGUAUUUUUUGAACCUUUUCAACUGGACGGAUCUAUCUGGGCGUGCAUGAUCUCCCUCGGCGAAUGAUUUUGUAUGGCUGGCUUCACUUUUCAUUUUACUCUUUACCCAUUUCGACCAACUUGUAGCAAUAGCAUAUCCAUUCCUCUCUACAUAUACUCCAAGUUACUUGGACGGGGCAGCUUGCAUUAGAUGACGGUAAUGGUAUCAUUCUGUGAAUCAAGCAAUCCUAAUAUCACAAUAACCUAUCGUCUAUUGCUA